UGAAGUAGACACUUUUUAUUGGCUGCAGCUGAAAAUUGUUUGUUUUGUCUGCUUUUGAGCGUGUUGUGCUAAUCUCCUCAAAAGUGUGACACUUAUUUUCGGCUUUCAAUUGACAUUGACAUUACGUCCAAUUCUAAUAUUUAGUUGUCUGAAUUAAUAAGACUUAGUUUUUUCUAAUAAUUUUAAAACCUGCAUUCAUUAAACUAAAUGUGUGCUAUUUAAAAAAAAACCGCCCUUUAACCCCUUCAGCUCCAAAGGAAAAAAGAACUGCAUAAUUAUCCUGAGUUCUUAGACAGCAAGCUAGUUCAUUUCAUGCUUGCUCUGUGUCAAAGCUCGCCUUUAGUUUUUCAAUUAUGAGUUCCACCAGAAGUAAAGUGAUUACGCUUUACAAGAAUCUUUUAUUCCUGGGUAGAGAUUAUCCGAAAGGGUAUGACUAUUUUAGAGUUCGACUGAAAGAAGCUUUCUUGAAGAACAAGGAUGUGAAAGAAGCAGCUCAAAUAGAAAUAUUGUUGACCAGAGGCCAGUACAUCAUUAAAGAACUCGAAGCCUUAUAUAUGCUCAAAAAGUACAGAACGCUAAAGAAGCGUUACUAUUCUGAACAGUAGCUCAUACUUUAGCCGUCCCUAUUUUUUCUACCCCAUCGUAAAUGUGUAUUUUAUAUAUUGUGCCAGUGACUAUGUGUGAUGUUUUCAAAUUAAUAAAGCAUUUUAUGAACUUUUUA